GGGGCCAGGAUGCAAUACUUCUCGUAUAGGACAACUUGUAACUGGAAUGAGUACAACGUAUUGGCGAUGUACGUCUGGAUGUACUCCAGCUGUGAACCUCCACAAUGUCAAUAAUAUAUGCACUGGUGCUAGUGUGUCUGGAAACUGGGAACAAGGGGAGAGAACCUUUACAUAUACAUUUCCAGGACCAGGUCCAUUCAAAGUUGAGUUCACUGGUGGUGCAUGGGUGACAUUAAGUAAUCGAGCCGGGGGAAGUUGGUCUAUUGGAACAAUAGUUAAUUUAAAACAAAGAAGUGAUACUCAUAAGCCAAAUACUAGCCCAAUUACAACAGGAAAACCUAUGUAUAUAGUACAAUAUAACUGUCAAAGUGACAUUCGAAUCCCUGUUGCUGAUGCCGAUGGCGAUGACAUUCGAUGUCGCUGGUCAACUGGAACAGAAUGUGCCUCAAUAUGUAAUGCACUGCCUGCUGCUACUAUCGAUAGUAGAACCUGCACUAUUAAGUUUCCAUCUAAUCACACACAAAAUGGGAUCUUUGCUGUAGCUGUUACAAUGGAAGAUUUCCCUAAAUCGACGAUAUCUAUUGGUAGUACUGCUUACGGAACGAAUACCCGAAUAUCUUCCGUUACAUUACAGUUUCUAAUUAAAACGCCUCCACUGUCCGGGAGAUGCAACGACAAACCAGUGUUUGUCAGCCCCACCCCCGCUGCUGGAACAACCUUACAGACAAACAUAUUACAAACCUUCCACGUGUCCUUUUAUGCUUCGGAUAGUAGAAGAAUUACAAAGAUGGACAUCACUUCACCUGCCGGUAUGACCUAUACUUCACUACAGUCUGUCUCCUCCAGACCUGGAACAUACUUUGUAAGCACUUCCUGGAUACCUCAGCAGAACCAAGUAGGAUCUCAUAUUGUUUGUGCUCUAGCCGAAGACACGUUUGGGAAAACCAGCGAAUCAAGGUGCCUGAAUAUCAAGGUACAUGACGUGAGUCCGUGUGUGAGUUCUCCUUGUACAAAUGGCGGCACGUGUAUACGACAGAGAAUCACUCAGAAUUACAGGUGUUACUGUUUACCUGGCUACACGGGACACAGAUAUGAAUGUGCAAGUGGGCCUUGUCAGAAUAGUGGGACUUGUCAUGACCACGUUAAUGAUUUCACCUGUACUUGUAGGGGUGGCUUCACUGGACUGAUGUGUCAGACAGAUAUUGACGAAUGCCUAAGCGAUCCGUGUCAAAACAAUGGUUCGUGUACCGAUCUUAUCAACAGAUUUCAGUGUUCCUGUAUACCAGGGUUUACCAACACAGUAUGCCAUACAG